AUGUCUUUUUUUUAUUUGACACCAGUUAAAGGAGAUUUACCGGUACAUUUGUUGGAAACAAUAAUUCUUAAAAGAUUGGAAUUCUUAAAAAUUAUUUAUCGGAAACAGGAUAUCGUCUACAAUGAAUAUGUUGUAGAAGGAAGUUUAUAUGAUUCCGUUGGCCACUACAUGCUUUGUAUUAUCGUGAUUUUACUAAAUAAUUUGGAUUUUACAAAUUUUUUCACGAAAGCAGAGGAAUUUUUAUUUAAGUACAGAUUAAAUACACUAGUAGCAUAUGAUUUGAGAUGUUUUGUUAAGAAACUUCUUCGCAUCAUAAGAAAACAUCCUCACAGUCUAUUAUGUCUGGAUCCUCUUAAUAUACUUUGCCAACAUUUGAUAUUGAAACAUGUAGCACAACAUGUCUGCUCUGAUGCUUGUUGUACAAACUGUUCUUUGCACACAAUAAAAGUGCAUUUUAAACAUUGUCUUGCAUUCAUUGCUCGCAGGCAGGUUCCAUUAGAGCACAGUGUUGCACACAUUCCUUGCAGCAAAUGGAAACUGUACUUAACAGUAUUAUUUAAAGAUAAUUUAAAAAAUAGAUUGAGUAGAACUAAUUUAGGUAAUAUUAAACAUGAUCCAAGGAUAGUAGAUCUCAUGAGCUUAGUUUGCAAAGAAAUUCCUUCAAUAAAUAAUCGUUGGAGUAUUAAUAUUGUAAAAAAUAAUGAAGUUGAUGAUAUAUGUAAAUCAUUUCCACCAUGCAUGCUCAACUUGCAUCGCAGCUUGCGAAACAAGCACAGAUUAUCUCACAACCAGAGAUUUUCAUAUAGUUUAUUUCUAAAAGAUAUUGGUAUGCCAGUCGAAGAAGCAAUAACAUUUUGGAGAACUGAGUAUCAACAAGCCCCUAGUGGAAACCAUAAUUGUUGCCACAAUUGGCAAAAUGAUGAAAAGAAGUUUGUAUAUGGCAUCAGGCACUUGUAUGGAUUGGAGGGUGGCAAAAAAAAUUACUCCUCUGGAAAUUGCUCACAUUUUCAAAGCUUUACAGAAGGGAGCUGUCCGUUUAAAUCAUUUGAUAAUGAAUCAAUGAUGCAGAUAUUAAAUAUUAAAAAUAUUGAUCCCAUGUUGUCACAAAUCAAAGAUUUUCAAGAACAAAAACAAUAUACUUCUGCGUGUAUGAUGUAUCUUCAAAAAAGGUUGCAUUGUAUUUUAAACGAUAUCUGUGAUAGUAGUUUUAAUUUUAGUCCUGUUAAAUAUUAUUUUGCAUCAAGAAAUAUACAUUUAUGACAUUAAUGCACCAAU